CAAAUCCCUAGAGAGAGAGAGAGAGAGAGAGGUCAGGUAGGAGGACUAUAAAAGCACUUUACUGUUAACUUCUUUUAAUGUCAACCCGGGUGGGACUAAAGUCUGGGGAUGCACAGCAGCUCCCUCCUGUCCGUGAAUCGUCUGACCAUAAACAACAUGUGUAGAGACGCGUGCUGAGGUAAGUGCCAACGUUCUUUACACGACCUGCUAAACUCUUUUCCACAAGGCAUUCCUGUUGUGCGUCCGACACGUUCAUCCAUUUUUAAUGAACGUUUAAAUGAAGAUGACAUAAACUCCCUCCAGUAGUGUGUUUUAAACAUGAUGACUAAGCAUACAUAUUUUAUACGUUACAUAAUUGACCUGAAAGCCAUGUUUGCGUAACCUUUAGAUUAAAAUAAUCAUUGCCGUUCAUCACAGUCUCAUCUUUUGGGUCAAAUCUUUCUAUGUGUUUUAAAGGGAAGCUGUGAUCAAAUCGAGGUCGGCCAGUCACAAACAUGAGGUUCCACCAGAGCUGGGGCUCCUUCUUCCUCCUCUGCUGCGCCUGCCUGGUGUCGGUUGUUGAGUGUCGGGUGCUGAAGUUCGCCGUGGCCGUGUUCAGACACGGCGAUCGAUCUCCUAUUGAGUCCUACCCCAAGGAUCCUCAUGGAGAGGACGUGUGGGCCCAGGGCUUUGGACAGCUCACAGAGCUGGGAAUGAAGCAGCAGUUUGAGCUGGGCAGGUUCCUGAGGCGGCGCUACGCCAACCUUCUCGGUGACGACUACAACAACAGGGAGAUCUACGUGAGGAGCACCGACUACGAGCGCACGCUGAUGAGCGCCCAGGCCUGCCUCGCCGGGAUGUUCCCCCCGACCAGACGGCCGCCUCCCAUCAUGCCCCAGUUACUGUGGCGGCCCAUUCCAGUGCACACCAUCCCCAGGGCUCAGGACAAGCUGUUGAGGUCUCCAGGCAAAGACUGUCCGAGGUUUAGGGCUCUGAUGACCGAGACGUUUGAGAGCGAGGCCUACCAGAGGUUCCUCCGAGCUCACCGGUAUUUUGUGGAGCAGCUGUCCAACCACACAGGCUACCCAGUGUCCAAGCUGGUGGGCAAAAAGAUAUGGAGGGUCUACGACACCCUCACCUGUCAGCGGAUCCACAACUUGACGCUCCCGAGCUGGGCCACCCAGGACUUUCUAUCCACCCUGAAGAGCGUGGCGUCCUUUGAAGUCUCGUACAGCAUCCUCAGCCACAAGCGCAAGGAGAAGGCCAGGCUCUCGGGAGGAGUAUUACUGAACGCCAUCCUGAGGAAUUUCUCCAAGGCCGUGGAGCAAGGGAGCCCGCUGAAAUUUAUCAUGUACUCCGCUCACGACUCUACACUCAUCACCCUUCAGGCUGCUGUGGAUGUGUACAACAGCCUUCUCCCGCCGUACGCUGCCUGUCAGCUCUUCGAGUUCUACCAGGAGCCUGAUGGAUCAUAUUCUCUAGAGAUGUAUUAUCGCAAUGACUCCAUGCGUGAACCCUACCCCCUACCCGUGCCAGGGUGCAGCGGCCUGAACCCGUGUCCUCUGUCUGUGUUCACUGAGCUGGUGCGAGAUGUGGUGGCGGAGAACUGGGAGGACGAGUGUGGCUUUAGGACAAAGUGGUCGAGCACGGGUGUCAUCACGGCUCUUGCUGUGGCUGUGGGUGUGCUGGUGGUGGCGCUGUUGUUCAGCAUAGGAGUGGCAGUACACAGGAGGACACAGUACUCCAGAGAGGUGUAGUGCAAACCACUGCCUUAAGUACCGGAAGUACAGAAAGGUGCCUCCCAGUGGUGCAGGCAGCUCUAAUAAUAGUAAUGAUAAGGUGCUAUGUAUUUAGUAUUUCUAGAAAUGGAUGUGUGGAUUUUGUACAGUCGAGAGAACACAGCAGAGAAAUGAAACAAAGAAUAAAGAAUAUUUAUAGCGCGUACCACUACCACUUUAUUUGAGUCACAGACGACAGUGUGAACUUCACAUACUGACACUGUUCAUUCCCUGUUUGGUUCACUCCAUGUCACAUUCUUUCUCACUUCUUAUCUGGAUCUACUGCAACUGUGGGGAGAAACAACCAAGACGUUAGGAAACAGUGACAACGUGUACUGUACUGCUUGGACUGUCACAUUCGAUCUGUACUGGACUGUCCAGACACAACACACCAAGGCUCCUAAUUAGCCUCCACGCCCACUCCCACCUCCCGGGUCUUACCAUGGACACUCAGCUGACACUCCACCUCGUCCUGGCCGAGCUCGUUCACAGCCAGGCACGAGUACUUGCCUCCAUCGAAUGAGCUCGGCUUGCGGAUGUUCAGGGUCAGCACACCCUGGUUGUUCUGCAUCAAGUACUUGGGAUCCUCGCCGAUAAUCAUUUUGUUCUUCAUCCAGACAAUCUUAGGCUAUGGAAAAAUCAAGCUUGUGAAAACCAAUUAGAUACAACAAAAGUGCAAGAUUGACAGGGUGUGCUGUCCAGCCAGUUCUACUGUACAGUCGCUUGCUCCUACAGCCAACUUCAAAGCUGGACUUGCUAAUGGUCGGUGGCAUUGUCAGCCUCCUGUUGGGAAUCACGCUCCACGGCCUAUUUUAACAUGCCCAUUUACCUUGGGGAAGCCUUUGACAGCACAACUGAUGGCAGUGCUGUAACCGGCAACAACGGAUCUGUCAACCAGGGGCUGAGUGAACUUGGGCACACAAGUCAUGUCCUUCUCCUUGUAGGGGUUCGCUUUGUGAAUGAGGCCUACGGAGGAGGACGGGGGGCAUUUUCACUUUCCCAAUUUACUACAAACAAAUAGCAUUAGUACACACACUGCCACACCUGUCUUGGCGAUGACGGCCGUGUUUUUGCUGUGGCACGGCUCCUCGCUCAGGCCGCACAGGUUUUCACUGUAUACGCGGAACAUGUAUUCAUUGCCCAUGAUCAGAUCGGAGGCUGUGCAGUUGGUUCGUCUGUUAUGUUCGUAAAUGGUAAACCAUUCCUGGAAACAGGAAAGGAGUGAUCGGAAUGAAGACAACUAGCUGAGGACAUGGAAAGGAAAGUAGGUGUGCUCAUCUCACCUUGGUCUUCAGGUCUGCCUUCUGGAUGGUGUACCCAGUAAUCUCACAGUUGCCAUCAUCUCUAGGUGGUUCCCAUUCCAGCGCUGCAUUGAAACCCCAGACGUCUGUCACCCGCACUUUCAAAGGAGGCCCGGGCUUUUCUGUUCACAUGAAACAGCCAUAUUUUUAGUAGACCGCUCUGAUUAAGAGCUGCCCCGAAGAAAUACAUUUUAGAGUUCUUACCGACAAUCUUAAUGAUAACAGAAGCUCUGUCCUCCAUGUUCUCAAUCUGUAGCACAAGCUCAUAUGUUCCAGAGUGCUCUCUCUCUGCUGAGCGGAUGAACAGGAUGCUGUCUACGUUGGAGUUGCGGACGCUGACCAUCUUGGGGUCAAGGGGUUGACCGUCCUUGUACCAGGUGGCGAUGGGACGGGGCUUACCCUAAGUGACAACAACACAUUCUGUUGUAGAGGAAGCAAGAGAUUUGCUGCGGGUUGUCGGUUACAGUGUUGACAGUUAGUGUUUUUCAAUGUGUAGUCUGAAGUCUGUAGAACGUAAAAUGAAGCAAAUUCACUGGCAUCUAAUACCAGAAGAACUGAAACGCAUAAUAAAGUUAUGACAACCUUCUGAGGAACAUGUAACAGCUGAACAGUGGCUGGACCUUCUUACCUGGAAGGGGAUGGUCAGGUUGAUCUUCUCUCCAACCUUCCUGAUGUACUUUGUUCUAAGUUCACGCGGGAGACGGAUUUUAGGAUGUUCUGAAGCAGAAAGAAACACAAUCAUAAUUAAACUGGACAUAAUUAGAUCUGCCAUAAAACAAUGACGCUCAGCAGGUCUGCGUGGCUCACCCAUGAUCUCACGAAUGGUCACGGGCUGUGCCAGGAUAGCAGGAGGACUACGUCCAGCGAUGUUUACAGCUACUACCCUGAAGUUGAUCUUCUCUCCCACAGGCAGACCGCGAACCACAUAUCCCUGCUUCUCACAAAGUUCCUGGUUUGCCACCACCCACUGAGUAUCUGAAAUAAAAGACAAUUAAACACAAAGUA